CGUGUCAGAAGUGACACGGCGGAGUAGUGAAACGUGUGAAAUAUCUCCCCAUGUGGUCAUUCAUUUUUAAAAUGUGGGAAUAGUUCUGGAGAUGUCAUGCAUGAAUCAGUGGAAUUCUUGGAAUGGUUUGAAUUGGUCAAGAAAUGUGCGAGCAGGAGGAAAUCGAAUGAACGUUCUGAGUGAACGACACGUUCGCUCCGAUUUAUUUCAUCCACGCCGACAUUUGCGACCAAGAGACGGCCAAUACACACCUUUCAAAAUGAACUGGAUGCGUUGCGCGUCAGCGUGCGAGGGGGCGGCGCUUAGUGCAGCAGAGGCCUCAUUGUCUGAGGAUGCAGAGGAGCCAGGGAGGGAGGGAGGGAGGGUCGAGCCGGCAGCGACACAAAGACGGGGGAGCGCAAGUCGGCGAGCGGCGGAGAGACAUAGACAAAGAGGAGGCGGCCACAACUCUCUUUCUUUAUGUGGGGGAGGAGAGAGGUGGGCAGGAUUAACCGGCUGAUCUGCAACACGCGCUCAUACGCGCUCGCCACACAUUAUCGCAUACGCCGCACCGAACAUCACCGGCAUCACCGGGAUCAGCAUCAUCAUCACCGGCGGCGGCGGCGGCAGGCGAGAAAGACAAAGAGGGAGACGACUGGGGGGACCGUAUCACCAUCUGGGAAGAGGCAGACUGGGAGGAGAGACAAGCGGAGGAGACGGUUUUUUUGCCUUCAUCACCUCCAGUCGCGUUCGUGUGCUAUGGCCGACCACAUGUUCCCGCAGCGGUGUGUGUGCUGAGCGCUCUGUCUGUGGUGGGUGUGUUUGGGUCGAAGCGUGUGUGUGUGUGUUUGUGUGAUGGGGAACGCCGAGAGUAUGGAGAGCCAGCUGGCCGUGAUCCGGUCCAGAGCCGCGCCGGUCCGACUCCCGAUGCCUGACGCUGCCGAGCUCGAGGAGAGGUUCUCCAUCGCACUGAAUUCGAUGAACCUUCCCCCAGACAAGGUGCGCUUGCUGCGUUCCUAUGACAACGAGAAGAAGUGGGAGCUCAUCUGCGAUCAGGAGAGAUUCCAGGUGAAGAACCCGCCGCACACCUACAUCCAGAAGCUGCGAGGAUUCCUCGACCCGGCGGUCACGCGCAAGAAGUUCCGAAGGCGGGUCCAGGAGUCGACUCAGACUCUGCGAGAACUCGAGAUCUCUCUUCGCACAAACCACAUCGGGUGGGUUCGAGAGUUUCUCAACGAGGAGAAUCGAGGGCUGGAUGUCCUGGUUGAGUAUUUGUCCUUCGCUCAGUACGCUGUCACGUUUGACAACGAGCAGCCAGAGUCCGGAGGAGACGCGGCUUCCAUCGACUCUCCGUGGAGUCGUUCCAUCGAGGAUCUCCACGGCGACUGCAGUCUCCCGUCCCCUUCGUCCUCCGCACCCAGAACGGCUCGCCACUCCAUCAGUAGUUCCACCUUGGUCACUCGCUCCAACACGCUGCCCAGUAGUCGCACGCUGAAAAACUCCCGACUCGUCUGCAAAAAAGACGACGUCCACGUGUGCAUCAUGUGUCUCCGAGCCAUCAUGAACUACCAGUACGGUUUCAACAUGGUCAUGUCUCAUCCGCACGGGGUCAACGAAAUUGCUCUGAGCCUCAACAACAGGAACGCAAGGACGAAGGCUCUGGUGUUGGAGUUGUUGGCGGCCGUGUGUUUGGUCAGAGGAGGACACGAGAUCAUCCUGUCGGCCUUCGACAACUUUAAAACGGUGUGCUCGGAGUCCAUGCGCUUUGAAAAGUUGAUGGAGCAUUUCAAAAACGAAGACGACAAUAUCGACUUCCUGGUGGCGUGCAUGCAGUUCAUCAACAUCGUGGUGCACUCGGUGGAGGACAUGAACUUCCGAGUGCAUCUGCAGUAUGACUUCACCAAACUCAACCUGGACGACCACCUGGAGAGGCUGAAGCACACGGAGAGCGACAGAUUACAGGUGCAGAUCCAGGCCUACCUGGACAACGUGUUUGACGUCGGAACGCUGCUGGAAGACGCCGAGACGAAAACGGCGGCGCUCGAACGGGUGGAAGAGCUGGAGGAGAACUUGAGUACCAUGUCGGAGCGGCUGCUCGACGUCGAAAACGAAGCCAUGCUGAAGAUCGUGGAACUGGAAAAACAGCUGAUGCAAACAAACAAAGAGCUCGACCAACUCCGGGACGUGUAUGCCAGCGCCAACACGCAGGUGCACACGCUGAGGCGGAUCGUUCGGGAGAAGGACCAGACCAUCCGCCGUCAGAGUCGUCUGGAGCGACAGGCCCACGAGGCCCAACAGGCCGGCGGUCCCGGAGCUCCUCAACCCCAAAGAGGAGAAGGCGAUGGGGGUGUGGCUAACUCCGCCUCGCCCUCGCCUCCUCCCUGCUCCGCUCUCUCCCCCAGCCCCGAGACGGUGGCCUAUCAUAACAUGGGGCCGGGAAUGGGCGGUGCUCCAGAUAUGCCGGCUCCACCCCCGCCGCCUCCACCCCCGCCGCCGGUGCCAGGCUCAGUGUCCAACGGGUUGUACCCCGCCCCUCCGCCGCCUGCUCCUCCGCCUCCUCCCCCGCCUCCUCCCCCUCCGUGUCGGACUAGCGAGCUCUCCUCCACCCUCCCGAUGCCACCUCCUCCUCCACCUGUGGCCCCCCCGCUUCCGGGCCCGGGGGGGUCGCCCACUGUCAUCUUCAACUCCGGGCUCGCAGAGGGACCAUUCAAGUUAUUCUCGGUGAAGAUAAAGAAGCCGAUCCAGACCAAGUUUCGGAUGCCGGUCUUGAAUUGGGUCGCCCUGAAGCCGAGUCAAAUCAACGGCACCGUCUUCAACGACAUCGACGACGAAGCCAUCCUGCAGGAUCUGGACGUGGAGGGCUUUGAGGAACUCUUCAAAACAAAGGCUCAGGGUCCGGCAAUGGACUUGACUCUGUCCAGACAGAAACUUCCCCAGAAGGCUCCAUCUAGAGUCUCUUUGCUGGACGCCAACCGAGCCAAGAAUCUAGCCAUCACGCUGAGAAAGGCCGGUCAGGGUCCAGAGGUCAUCUGCCGCGCCAUCCACAUGUUUGACCUGCGGACGAUUCGGGUGGACUUUGUGGAGUGUCUGAUGCGUUUCCUGCCAACCGAAGCCGAGGUGAAGCUUCUCCGUCAGUACGAGCGAGACCGAAAACCUUUGGAGGCGCUGAGCGACGAAGACGGCUUCAUGAUCCAGUUCAGUCGCAUCGAGCGACUGAACCAGCGCAUGUCCAUCAUGACCUUCAUGGGAAACUUCAGCGACAACGUACAACUGUUAACGCCGCAACUCCAUGCCAUGAUCGCGGCAUCCGUUUCCAUAAAAUCAUCCCAGAAGCUGAAAAAGAUACUCGAGAUCAUCUUAGCUCUCGGGAAUUACAUGAACAGCAGCAAGAGAGGUGCGGUGUAUGGCUUCAAACUUCAGAGCUUAGACCUGCUCCUGGAGACCAAGUCAACGGACAGAACGCAGACGCUGCUUCACUACAUCAGCAACGUGGUCAGAGAGAAAUAUCCCACGGCGGCGCUCUUCUACAACGAACUUCACUAUGUGGACAAGGCGGCCGCAGUGAGUCUGGAGAACGUCUUGUGCGAUGUCAAGGACCUGCAGCGAGGGAUGGAACUCACCUGGCGCGAGUUCAGCGUGCAGCACAACGCCACCUUGAAAGAUUUCAUCAGCAGGCAUGAAUCGCGACUCAACAAACUUCAGGAGGAUGCGCGUAUAGCCCAGGACGCCUUUGAAGAUGUGGUGAAAUUUUUCGGGGAGAGCUCCAAAACCAUGCCGCCGUCCGUCUUCUUUCCCAUCUUUGUUCGUUUCAUCAAAGCUUACAGGCUGGCUGAGGAGGAGAACGAACAGCGACGGCGUCAGGAGCAGAUGAUGUUGGAGAAAUUGGAACAGGAGGAGCAGCAGCAGGAUGAAGAGACCAAGUCACCAUCUCACAAGGGCAAACGACAGCAGCAGGAGCUUCUGACAGAGCUGAGACGACGACAAGGAAAGGACAGCCGCCACGUUUACGAGGGGAAGGACGGCGCCAUCGAGGACAUCAUCACAGCUCUGAAAACCGGCCCCUUCACAGCUCGGUCGGCCAAACGUAGCUCUCGAUUCUUCUGCGACCCGGCCCACCCCGAAGAACACUACUGAAGCGGCAAAGAUUGCCCAACAAAUUGCCUCGCCCACCUUGAAUUAAUGGCAACAAAAUGCACUUUGAACAUUUUGAAUUGAGGAACACUGACAUCGCGCUAUCCAAUUGGUCAGUCAGCGAGAUGGAUCAACUUGUGUGUAGACUGCUCAAGCAACAAGCUGACUUUUAUCUUUAACGGAUAUUCACAAACUGAAGACGACCUGUUCCCACAUUUUUUGGUUUGGGGGGGAGGGUGGUCGAUGAGCUCUGCAGCGGACCUUAAAAAGCAACGAAAAGCACAUGCUGAUAUCUUGCGGCCCCCGACUGAGUCCCACAAGAUUUUGUACAAGUAUAUGUGAGUGUUGUAGUAAAAGCUUUUUUGGAAUCUUGCGAGUGAGCCAGAAUUUUUGGUCGGACUCGGGAGAUUUGUUAAGUGAAACGCGUACAGGGUCCUAUUACUGGUUUGUGCUGUAUUUUCAACUGUUAGCGACCAAAUGUCACUUCAGAUUACAUUCAAUGACACGUUGUAAAAUCCAGCGAACAAAGCACCACAAAAAAAUUGAAACAAAUGAUCUGUAACUUAUUGUUAUGAAUCAUGAACAAUUCUUUCAUUCACCUCAAGUCUUAACUAGCUAGGACAUAUGAAGUGCGUCAGCAAAGUUACAAGACGAGAUGUCACAAAUUAUGUAUUUCACAUCCACAAAACGACAUUUCUGGUUCGAAAUAGGCCAGACGAUCAACUAACUCGUCUGCAACGUUUGCUUCAUUCCUUGUUGAGAAAACUCGCGAGUUGUGCCACCAACUUUUCUGACUCGCCUCGCACGAAACAACCACACAGAAUCACACGUUUCUGUUUUCUACGCGACUUCCUCGCUGAGGAGGCCACCCCGCGCCUCGAACAACCCCCGAUCAGACCAACCCGUUUCCCGCCUGCUUAUUUCUUUCCCAUCAGAGACCCCACCCAACGCUGCCCUCAUCUUUUUCAUUCAAAACGUUAACAUGAACACAAAAGAGCACAAGUUUUCUACAUUUUGUAGAGUCUCCAGUUUUUGUCGUCGUUCCUGUUGUCGAGUCUAUAUUUGCUUGUAAAUAAAUAAAAACACGUUGAUACAACGCUAAAAUGCUCGCCGUUAUUUGUUUUGAUUGUUCACUAAAGGUUGGUCCCGCAAACUUGAUUGAGCCAAGGCCGACCGACCCACUGUCAGAGCAAUUAGCUUGAGGAUGUCAUUUCUGCCCAUUGAUGUCGCUCACAAACACCUUUUGUGAGCUCGAUGAAGAUGACAAGACUCAACGAACACACACUGGUUUAAUCACACACGUUAUUUACAGAAGACUUGAGCAUUGUCGGCAGCAAACAUGAAAUAUUUUAGCAUUGUGACAAAUAAUGACACAUUUGACUAUCAUGGUUAAGAUGAGCUAUGCACUGUCAAGUGCCAAGCGUGGCUCAAUGUUGCGGGUUACGUCAUCUAGCGUCGGCGACAACUACAUGAUUAAUUGCCAUUGCAAUGACGGUAAUUUGUAAGAAAUGUGUUCGUAUUUUUCAACACGAGGGGAAGUCAAACUCAUUUUUGGCAUUUGCCACAUCAUAUUGACAAUUUCUUUCAGAGGGCCGUUUUGGAACAAAAGUGUCAUUAUUUCACAUACUGUGCACAAUUGUAUAUUUUGAUUUGUAUUUAUAUUGUUAAAAAUAAAUUUGAUAUCAGAAGUCAUGAAACAUUAUGGCAAGCAAAUAAGUAUGACUUAUUAUUCAAAUAAUGUUAAGGAAA